UAUAACCUGCACACCAGUAAAGCCUCACACACUCACACCUUAGAGGAUACACAGAGUCUCACUACAGCUCCGACAAAACACAGCAGUAUGGAUGGCAUCCCACUGAAGAUACCGUUGGCUGUCUUACAGAAAGUCAAAGACUACGUCAAAGUUAUUAUCCCUGAUUAUCCCACCAUACUACAGGAGACAGAGUAUGAGUUCAGUCUGGAGAACUGGGUGCUAACUGGGCUGCAAAGUGGCUGCACCAGACAACACUGGCCUCAGCUGUCCUCCUCUUCAUCAGGACUGCUGCCUUCUUGUCCUCCAUACUGGAUGAUGUUCAGCAGCCCUCAGCAGGUCUGCUUGGCCAGCAGCCACAGCUCAAACGUCUGGGAACCCAAACCUCGACAGCGUUCCCAAAGCCUCAACCCUGCCGUCCUGUGCACCAAGUUCACCAUCUCAGACACUGAUGACAAAGGGGAGAGCAGUACACGGGAAGCCCAGACAUGUGCGUCAGUGAAAGGCCACUCAAGUGGAGAGCGUUCUGUUGCUUCAUGUCAGCAUGGUCAGCAAAAAGCACAGAAAGCCUUUGUCCCGAACCUGCUGAACCCUCCGACCUGUCUGAGCAGUCUGCCACACCAGCGCAGGAAGAACCUACGACAGUCCUCCCUCUCCUUGCUGGAGAUGUCCGCACAACAUUAUCCCAACACAAACAGCCAAGCCCAGAACCUGUUCUCACAAAGAACCUCUAACACCAGGACCCCCAACACCAGAAUCUCCAACACCAGAGUCAAUACAGUCCACAGGCCUCCCACCAUCACCAGCCACAACAUAACGCAUACGGGUCUCCCCUCGUCUGGUUCGGACUUGUCAGCAGAGCUCCUGUCAGCUCUUAGCCCAGAGGAGAGAGAGCUGUUGGGGGCCAUCACAGCCCGGGGCUACCCCCUCCAUACUGCCAUCAUUACCCUGCAGAAGACAGGCCGGCAGACCCUAGAUCAGAUCUUGAGUUACUUGGUGGCGUGUGACCACCUGUGCCAGCUGGGUUAUGACAUGGCUCAGGUAGAAGAGGCUCUGGAGAUGUUUCAAAACUGUGAAACAAAGGCGGAGGAGUUCCUUCAUCUGCUGAGUCAGUUUAAUGAGAUGGGCUUCCAGCAGAAUGCCAUCAAAGAGGUGCUGUUGGUUCACGAGAACCACCGGGAACGGGCCCUCGAGGAGCUGAUGAUGCGUGUGGCAUGAUUGACAGCAAUUCGACAUACACACUCACACACACACACACACACACACACACACACACACACACACACACACACACACACACACACACACACACACACACACACACGCACGCACUUUACAUAACUCAACUUCAACCUAAAAUGUGUUACAGGCACAUAUGAAAUUGAUAUUGGUAAAGGCAAUUUGUAAGAAUUACUAAACACAGGUUAUUAUAUCUAAAGAUGCUCAGUAACCUUCACAAAGGGAACGUAUAUUAUAAAUGCUUAUAUCUUGUAACUAAAUGGAUGAUGAUGAUGAUGUUGCCGUACUGCACAUUUAUUACAUUCACAUGUUUUGAUAUGAAAAUAUAUUAUCUGUGUAAGAGCCUGAAGCGAUGUAAGUAGUUCUAACUGUGAAAGAUUUAUUAAAGCUAUUAAAACCAAACCAAGGCAGUAGUUCUUAUUCAGCUCAUGCAAAUGCUCCUCAUAGGUUUCUUUCUACUUUUUUCUUCUCUGUGGUCUGCUCUGUUUUAACCCCACUUUUUAAAAAU